AUGGCAGCAGAGGGCGCUCUUCUAUAUGUUACGCCCUACGUCACCGUCACGUGUGCGGAAGUAUUUUCGAAACAUCAUCGCGGGGCGCUGUGUUGUGUCCGGACCCCAAUGGCGGCUCCUCUGCUGGACUAUGAGACGGAGAUGUUCCUGGGGCUGUUUGAAGCGGACGGGCUGCUGGUGGUCGCGGAGGGGCUGGGAAUAGACCGUGUCUUGCUGCACUUCUUGCGGGUGUACUGUGGACCGGACAGUCUGGUCCUGCUACUCAACACCAGCCCCGCGGAGCAGGAAUAUCUGACAGAGCAGCUACGUGUGGAGGGUGUGACCCACCUGCCCCGCACAGUGACCAGCGACACUUUGAGCACUGACCGCUACAGCGUGUACACAGAGGGAGGAGUGCUGUUUGUGACCAGCCGCAUCCUGGUGGUGGACCUCCUCACGGAUCGCAUCCCAGCUCACCUUGUCUCAGGUAUUCUGGUGUACAGGGCCCACAAAAUUAUUGAGUCAUGCCAGGAAGCCUUUAUUCUGCGGCUGUUCAGACAGAAAAACAAAACUGGUUUCAUCAAGGCGUUCACGGACAAAGCCACGGCCUUCACCUCGGGGUUCUGCCAAGUGGAGCGCGUUAUGAGGAACCUGUACGUCAAGAAGCUCUUCCUCUGGCCCAGAUUCCAGGCAUCUGUGAACUCCACUCUGGAUAGACACAAGCCUGAGGUGGUGGAGCUUCACGUCUCCCUGACCCCGGCCAUGAGGGCUAUCCAGAGCUCCAUCAUGGACAUCAUGGACGCUUGUCUGAAGGAGCUCAAGCGCUACAACCCCACGAUGGAGGCGGAGGACCUUAACCUGGAGAACUCCCUGGGAAACGCUUUUGACAAGACCAUCCGCCACUACCUGGACCCCCUGUGGCACCAGCUGGGGGCCAAGACCAAGGGCCUGGUGCAAGACCUGAAGGUGCUCCGUGUGCUGCUGCUCUAUCUAACCCAGUAUGACUGUGUCACCUUCCUAAACCUACUGGAGUCUCUGCACUCCAGCCACAAGAGCUUCGGGUCCAACUCUGGCUGGCUGUUUCUCGAUUCCAGCACUUCUAUGUUUGUUAAUGCAAGGAGCAGAGUGUACCGAAUCCCAGAGAGUAAGAAAAAGGCCAAACUGGGGAUGGAGGCUGAAAAACCCUCCACCGCCGUGGCAAAACGGGAACUGGUGUUAGAAAAGAGUCCUAAAUGGGGGGCCCUGACUGAGGUUAUGCAGGAGAUCGAGAAGGAGAACCAGAGCUCCAAUCAGGAACCAGGCCGUGUGCUAAUAUGUGCCAGUGAUGACCGCACAUGUUCCCAGCUCCAGCAGUACAUCCGGCAGGGCUCCGAGCGGCUGCUUCACCACCUCUACACUAGGACUGUGGGCAGACGAGACCCCACCACUGCCGCCACGCUGGAGAUACAGAGACAUGUCAAUGCCACAGCUUCAAGCAAGUUGAAAAAAACAACCAAGAAGGCGAAAGAAGCGGCUCCGAAGUGUACACAGUCCUCUCUGACACUUACUCAGAUGUUUGGGCAGUCUGUGGUGAUGGGCAGCAGUGAAGACGAGCUCACGGAGGGAGAAGAGGUGGAGCAAAUGGAGCUGGGUUUGUCCUCAGACGCGUACUACGGCGUGCUGCAGGAACCCCUCAUCCUCAUCCACCCGCUCAAAGGCUGUACGGACCCCCACAGCCUGACCCGCGUGCUUUGGGAGGUGGAGCCCAAGUAUGUGGUUCUUUACGAUGCCGAGAUGAGCUUUGUGAGGCAGCUGGAGGUCUACAAAGCCUGCAGGCUUGGAAAACCACUCCGAGUGUAUUUCCUAAUCUAUGGAGGAUCUACGGAGGAACAAAAAUACCUCACUGCGCUUUCCAAAGAGAAGAAAGCCUUUGAACACUUGAUCAGAGAAAAGGCUACCAUGGUGAUCCCAGAGGAGCGAGAGGGCAGAGCGGACACUAAUCUGGACCUCGCCAGAAAUUUGGAACCGGCUAAUGCCACCACAAACACCCGCAAAGCAGGGGGGCAGGAACAGCCCAAAGAGCCCUCGCGGGUGAUUGUGGACAUGCGCGAGUUUCGUAGCGAGCUGCCAUCGCUGCUGCACCGCCGCGGACUGGACAUUGAGCCGGUUACUCUGGAGGUUGGCGACUACAUCCUCACUCCAGAUGUGUGCGUGGAGCGUAAGAGCGUCAGCGACUUGAUUGGCUCCCUGCAGAGUGGCCGCCUCUACACGCAGUGCCUCUCCAUGACGCGCUACUACAAGAAACCAGUGCUGCUCAUAGAGUUCGACCCGGCCAAGCCUUUUUCCCUCAUGUCCCGCUCUGACUUCAGAAAUGAGAUAUCCUCCAAUGACGUGUCUUCUAAACUCACCUUAUUAACUUUGCAUUUCCCUCGGCUGCGCAUCCUCUGGUGCCCGUCACCCCAUGCCACAGCCGAGCUGUUUGCGGAGCUCAAACACGGAAGGCUGGAACCAGACGCCACAGCUGCCCAAGCCGUGACAGCCGAGUCAGAGAUGCUGACUGAGUCUGCUGACCUCUACAACCCAGGGCCAUACGACUUUCUGUUGAAGAUGCCUGGGGUCAAUGCCAAAAACUGCCGGACAAUUAUCAGAAAUGCAGACAGCUUAGUGGAUUUAGCCAAGCUCAGCCAAGAGAAGCUGACAAAAAUAAUGGGCGGCCAUACCAAUGCUAAGCAGCUCUACGAGUUUAUACACAAUGUUACAGAAGUGCCACCAAAAAAAGGCAAAUAUACGUAG